AUGUCAUAAAUAGAAGAAAAACCAUUUACAUUUGUAAAUUAGGAAGGAUAACUAACAGAUUACAUUAACUUCACAGGUUAUGCAAGAGCAGAAUUCCCAAAUGGAGAUAUUUAUGAAGGAUAAUAUGAAAACGGAGUAAAAUUUGGAAAUGGCACAUAUUAUCACAUAUCCAGAAAAGAAAAUGUUCCAAAUGAUGUAUAUAAAGGCGAAUUCCAAAAUAAUAAAAAAGAUGGAAUUGGAAUAUUGACAGUUAAUUUACCCUAAGAAUAAAAAGAGGAAUAUUAUGGUGAGUGGAAAAAUGAUAAAAUGCACGGAGAAGGAAGAUAUGUUUAUCAAAAUGGAGAUAUUUAUAGUGGGUAAUGGUAAAACGGGAAAAACAUGGAACUGGAAUAUAUUUGUUUUUUAAAACUUAAAUGAGACUUAAAGGGGUAUGGCAUGAAAAUAAAUUUUUAGAAGGAGAAUGGAUUUAUCCAAAUGGAAAUGUAUAUGAAGGAUAAUUUGAAUAUAAUAUGCCUGUUGGAGAAGGACAUUGGAAAUUAUAAAAUGGUAAUAUUGUUGAAGGAAAAUAUAUUUAGACUAAAGUUCCUCCAAAAGA